CCCGGUCAAAUUUGCGACAAGUUUCAACCUUCAACCAGUUUUAUUUAAGUGAUCUAAAAUAUUCCUAAUAUAAAAAAAAACAAUAAAUUAUAGUUAUUAUAGCAAUAUUGCUUGAAAAAGGAUAUGUUCAAGGAUUCAAAGAUUCUCUUACCAUGGAUGGCUCUGUAGCAUGCCCAGUAUGCAACCGAGAAUUCAGAAAGGACCAAAUCGAAGAUCAUGUUAACAAAUGUUUGUUUCUCAAUACACAGCCUGAGAAAAGUGUUACAAAAAGAACAGGUUCAUUUUUUAACAGCGUUUCUCCCAAAGAAAAGCGAAUAAAAACAGAGAACAGUUUAAACAAUAAUGCACAAAAGUAUAAGGAGCCUCAGUCUUCAAAUUCUACUUUAAACAGUAAUGGCAAAGAAGAAAAUGCAGACAAGAGUGUCCCAUUAGCUGAGCAAAUGAGGCCUCUAAGUUUGGAUGAUAUUGUCGGACACAAAGCAGCAUUUGGUGCUGGCACUAUGCUGCGGUCUAUGUUAGAACAAAACAAAAUACCUAAUAUGAUUUUAUGGGGACCCCCAGGCUGUGGUAAGACAUCAAUGGCUAAUGUGAUUGCACAAAUCUGUAAAAAGCAGAAGAAUAUGCGCUUUGUGAAGAUGUCUGCUACAAUGUCUGGUAUCAAUGAUGUCAAAGAAGUUGUAAAAAUUGCUAAAAACGAAGCCCAGUUUAAGAGACAAACUGUCCUAUUCAUGGACGAAAUUCAUAGAUUUAAUAAGCUUCAGCAAGACAGUUUUCUGCCUCAUGUGGAAAACGGAACUAUAAUUCUCAUCGGUGCAACCACUGAAAACCCUUCAUUCAGUUUGAACAAUGCCCUGCUCAGUCGAUGUAAAGUUGUGGUCAUGGAAAAACUGACUGUUGAAGAUGUGAUGUUGAUUUUAGAGAGAGCAGUGGCAAAAAAUAAAGAGGCAGUUCUGGUGGACACAGAAAACAAGUUUGAAUGUCCUACAGAUGGUGAUAUACCUAGGUGUCUAGUGGAGCGCGCGUCUCUCCGCUGGCUCGCCGAGGUGAGCGACGGCGACGCGCGCGUGGCGCUGGGCGCGCUGGAGCUGGCGCUCACGGCGCGCGCCGGCGCCGUCCGCCUGCACGAGACCGGACCCGCGCUGCUCACGCUCGACGACAUCAAAGAUGGUAUCAAGCGUUCGCACAUGCUGUACGACCACCACGGCGAAGAGCACUACAACACGAUCUCCGCGAUACACAAGUCCAUCCGCGCGGGCGACGACAACGCCGCGCUUUACUGGACGACGCGGGCGCUGCACGGCGGCGAGGACCCGCUGUACAUCGCGCGGAGGCUCGUCAGGGCCGCCUGCGAAGACAUCGGUUUGGCUGAUCACACCGCUAUAGUGGAAGCCGUGUCGUGCCUGCAAGGCUGCCAGCACGUGGGCAUGCCGGAGGCGGACGUGCUGCUGGCGCAGUGCGCGGUGCGGCUGGCGCGCGCGCCCAAGAGCAGGGAGGUGUACGUCGCCAUGCAGCGCUGCCAGCGCUCUCUCAAGGAAGCCAAGGGACCGCUGCCACCCAUACCUCUGCACUUGCGGAAUCCGACGACGAAACUUAUGAAAGACAUAGGAUACGGGAAGGGAUAUAACUUACGUCACAAAGACGAAUCUGGCCUAACAUAUAUGCCGGAAGGUAUGGAGGAUGUGGAUUUCUUCCGUGACGACGAGAGUAGGGGUUAGCUUAUAAAUAGCAACUAAAAUAAAAGUUACUUAUUCCUAGA